ACACAGCAACACUGGGGCGUCUGCGUCAGGAGGGCGCGCGCACACACACUCUUCUCCACUCCACUCCGCUCUGCGCAAUUACGCGGAGCUCCAACCUGGCACAGGAGUCACUCACACAUACACACAAACACACACACACACACACACACAGGCUGCUCCUCAGCUCCACAUGGACUUCUAAAAUAUACAGUUAGAGGAUUAUUUACAGGACGCGAAUGUGGUGAUAUGUUUUUUACGCAUGUGCUUUUCGCACAAUCCUGAGUAGUUUACACCCUUUAUUUAUUUCAUUUUUUUUUCAUUUUUCAUUUUAAAAUCGCGUUCUUUCUUCUCUAAAAUUGGCUCCCGUACAAACAGCCGCGUUGGAUCCCUCGGCGUACUGCGAGACUCCGGUGUACAACCCGGAUCUCUGCCCGAACAUGAUAGCCGCGCAGGCCAAGCUCGUGUACCACCUCAACAAAUACUACAACGAGAAAUGCCAGUCGCGCAAAGCGGCCAUCUCCAAGACCAUCCGCGAGGUAUGCAAGGUGGUGUCGGACGUCCUGAAGGAGGUGGAGGUGCAGGAGCCGCGCUUCAUCAGCUCCCUCAGCGAGAUGGACAACCGCUUCGAGGGCCUGGAGGUGAUCUCGCCCACCGAGUUCGAGGUCGUGCUCUACCUGAACCAGAUGGGAGUUUUCAACUUCGUGGACGACGGCUCGCUGCCGGGCUGCGCCGUGCUCAAGCUCAGCGACGGCCGCAAGAGAAGCAUGUCCCUGUGGGUGGAGUUCAUCACCGCCUCCGGUUACCUCUCCGCGCGCAAGAUCCGCUCCCGGUUCCAGACGCUGGUGGCGCAGGCGGUGGACAAAUGCAGCUACAGGGACGUGGUGAAAAUGGUCGCGGACACCAGCGAGGUGAAGCUGCGCAUCCGGGACCGAUACAUUGUGCAGAUCACGCCGGCGUUCAAGUGCACCGGAAUUUGGCCGCGCAGCGCGGCGCACUGGCCGCUGCCGCAUAUCCCGUGGCCGGGACCGAACCGGGUAGCGGAGGUGAAGGCGGAGGGUUUCAAUCUUUUAUCCAAAGAGUGCUACUCCCUGAACGGCAAGCAGAGCUCGGCGGAGAGCGACGCCUGGGUGCUGCAGUUCGCCGAGGCCGAGAACCGGCUGCUGCUGAGCGGCUGCAGGAAGAAGUGCCUGUCGGUGCUGAAGGCGCUGCGCGACCGGCACCUGGAGCUGCCGGGACAGCCGCUCAACAACUACCACAUGAAGACUCUGGUGUCCUACGAGUGUGAGAAGCACCCGCGGGAGUCGGACUGGGACGAGAACUGCCUCGGCGACCGCCUGAACGGGAUUCUAUUGCAGCUUAUUUCGUGUUUGCAGUGCAGGAGGUGCCCGCAUUAUUUCCUGCCCAAUUUAGACCUGUUUCAGGGGAAACCACACUCUGCGCUCGAGAACGCCGCGAAACAGACUUGGCGUCUGGCGAGAGAAAUACUGACCAACCCCAAAAGCUUGGAGAAACUCUGAGGUAAAAAACAGAAAAUUAAAUAAAUAAACAACACUAAUAAUAUACCUGAAAAAAAGAAUAUGAAAAAUGUUGCCAACCAAUUUUGCAAAAAAAAACACUGUAAAAACUGACAAAUUCUGUCCUUUUUGGCUUUUUUUUAAAAGAAAAAAAAAAUUGAAUUAUUAUUAUGAAUAUUUCUAAAUUUGAAAUGAUUGGCCACUUUAUUUCACCGCAGCUGUGUCUAAUAUGACAAAAAAGAUUUGGAGGCUCAAACACACACACACGUGUACAUUUUAUACUGUAAAUACAUUCCUACAUACAUGUGAUGAUGAUUCAAGUCUGAAAAAAUCGUGAAUGUUGUUGUGUGUGACACGUAAAUAGGUCCCCACCUGUUUUGUUUUUUUUAAUCUACUUCUGAAUCCUUGUUUUUUUAAUUAUCUGCUAGAAAUUAUUAUUUAUAUUAUUAUUAUUAUUAUUAUUAUUAUUAUUAAUAAUAAUAAUGAAUACAUCAGUGAUGAUAAUAAAAAUAAUAAUAAUAAUCUGUUUCUAGACAUUUAAAGUUUACAUUUCUGUGAUAUGGGCGACAUUUUUGCUACAAUGAAAGAAAACAAAACAAAACAAAACAACAAAAAAAUAAACAUUCCAUUGAUUUUUACUUGAAUUAUUAUUUAAAAUAUUCGGUUGGGCAGAGUUUUUUUCUUUUUCUUGGUUGUUUUAAUUUUUUGUUUCAGUCAACAUGAGAAGAAAAUUAUAUAGUAAUAAAAUAUAUAUAUUACAGUUUAAUUGAAACAAAAAAAAUGCACUUGAAAUACACUGGAUUAUAAAAUCUGUGAUCUGUUUUUUUAAUUAUUAUUAUUAUUAUUUUUUGUCUUUGGUCUAAUUUAAAGAGCUAAUAAAGCGAGCUGUUUUUUA